UCUCCCAAGUGUUCGUAAGAAGAACAAAAUUAUAGGAGUCACUAUACUUAUAAGAAACUGGUUACUAUACAAUAAUAACAACUUGCAUGAGAAAUUGGAGGAAAGACAUCCCAUAAUUUAAUAAAACAAUGAAGCCUCAGAGCAAGGCAGCAUGCUUCGUUAAUUUUUAUUCAACUGUCCAAGUUGGCAGGUAUAUCGAUAUAAGUCCUAGGCUAGACGGGAAAUUUUGCAUGAAUUUUAUUGGAAUAAUACUCAGAAGGUUAAAUCAUAAGAAACUGCAGGAUCAAGAAUCACUAUUUAUUAGCAAGAAGAGGGUGGACUAAUAUUAUUAAGAAGACUCACUUCUCGAUUUAAUGACACCAUUAGAGACUGACCAGAUCUAGUAAUGGUUUCUUGUAGUGUUCUUAUAUAACUUCAUUUAGGUUAUUUUAUAGUCAAGAGGAAUAAUAAUAUCCAAAUAUUAAUAAAUAGUGAUUCAUGGUUCGAUUUCAAAGAGGUGGA